AUGACGUCAAACAUCCCGACAUACGCUCUUGCUUUCUCCCCGGGCGGCGCUUUGCUUGCGCGUGGAGGUGAAGCAGGUCUCGACAUUUACGAUUCGUUCACCCUAAAAAAGAUCACCGGAGUGCCCCACGCGGUUCCACCGGGUGUAUACGGCCCAGUAGUGGCGCUAAAAUGGGCGUCCAUGGAAGGCCAGUUCGAUAUGUUGUUUGUUGGAACGAAGCAUGGCUACGUCUUUGCCUGGCAGAAGAACGAUGACGUGUACGUGGAGUGCCAUGUGUUUCGGGUGCCCGAGGGAGGCGAGAUCCUCUCCAUGGCGAUUCAUUCCAACGCCAAUCGAUUUCGACUUGCCGUUGGUACCAUCAUGAGCGUCCUGGCAUGCUACGACAUUCUUCCCGAUCGCCUUUGGAACGAAUGGUACGAAACGCUGGUUGACGUCGAGCCUCGAAGCAUUGAUUUUGCGACGAGCGGAAAGAAUAUUGUCGUGUUCUCGACGUUCUCCGGCCAAAUGCAUAUAUUCUCCAAGAAAGAAAGGACGCUGGACCAAGGUCGAAACCUUGCUAGCCUGAUCGGCUACGCUACGAUGAGCAAGGAUGGUAAAGUCUUGAUUGACAACACUGCCAAUUUUGGCCUCCAUGAUGGUCAAACUGGCACUCUUCUUGCCAUGUUCAGCUCCGGCAAUAACAUAUCAGCGGUCCCUAAGCACGUCUUGUUCGGGGAAGACGAAGAGAUCGUGGUGACUGGGAGCGACACUGGAAACGCCUAUGUCUUCCGGAAGACGGGCGGAGGACCCGAGCAAGUUUUGAUCAACGCGUCGGAUGGCUUUACCCAAAUCGUUGCGACGUCCAGUACAGCUUCAACAAAUUACAUUGCAUGUGCCACAUCCUCAUUGACAAAUGUUGGGGCAAUAUCCCUAUGGACAUGCAAACGCGAAGUGGGAGAAGCUGCAACCUCGCGGGACUCCACCGCCUCUCGAGUCAACAUGCCGGAGCGCUUCUGGCAGUUGUUGCAGAGGAUCUGGCAGUUCUCCAAAGACAGCAAUGCCUGCUUAUCCAAACUGACGUCCCAUGCCCUCGUCUGGACAAUAAACUUUGCGUGGCACGGCCUCCUCUGGAUGGCCAAGGUCUGCGUCCUACUCUCACUGCUUCUCAGUGUUGCAUACCUCAUAUGGUCCACGGUGGAGGAUGAUGUUCCCGGAAUGAAGGACGCCAUGCGACAGGGCCAUGGCCUCGACGAGUACGGCAGCUUGGAGGUGGGCGCUUAUGCGGACCUUGCGGCCGCUUUGGUCCACUGCGCCGGCAUCCUCAACAGCAAAGUUGAGUGCGUCUUGGAUGAGCGCGCCCGGAGCAAUGGUGACGGCGGCAAGGCGAUAAGCAAAUAA